UCUGAUUACUCAAGUAAAAGCGCUGAUCGGAUUACUGACAAAAUCUGAUUUUCUGCAGUUAUCGGAUUAUAAGUGCAUGUAAAUAAACUCGAUGAUCGCUGGCUGCCAAAUUAAAAAUGGAAAGCAAGGUUCUUCACCGUCACUGAGGUCAAUCAAAUGCAGUGGGUGGGACUUUAUGAGGGGCUUUCUUGGUGAGGGGCACAUGUUUAUGUAAUUAAAUGCAAUAUAAUAAUAGAUCAUUGUUAAUAGCGACCGAUAUGCAAUGUAUAUUGUGAUAAGUUGGCCAUAUCGUCCAGCUCCAGCUCACAGCCAGAGCUCUGAUCUACAGUCGGCUCUCGUCCUGGUGAAGAUGACCGCGCUGGCCAUCUGAGCGGCGUUUGGUCCGUGUAGUCACUGAUUGAUGUGUUUGCACUCAUGCGUGUGUUUAUUAGUGUGGGUUGUCUCUCUUUUGUGCUGUUCCUCCUCACGUUCUGUCACUGCAAAGGAACCAAUGCUGUUCUACAUCUCCAGAACCUCACGCAGUGUAAAAAUACAUCCUUUAAUAUUUGAGGAUCAAAGCGGUCCAGCUGGACAUCUGUAGGCCUUUGGAAGCUUUUUUGUAAGCUGGAUUUUUUUAACGCUUUUAUAGAAUCUCUCAGACUCCCGUCAUACGACUGAGCUCAUCACAUAUUCAGAGCCUUUCAGACGGACCACAGCGCCGGAGACGGACAGAAGGAACACGUGGACAUCAUUUCUACCAAGACAAGCUUUUUGUAUGGGUGUUACUAAUCAAUGAAUUUCAUAUUUAAUAAUAAUGUUUGUUAUAAUGCGUAUUGUUUAUGAAUGUUGGGCACUUGGUCCUGUCUAGUGGUUUCUUCACGGUCAUUUUUAUGUCAAUAAAUAUUUAUUUCAAUAAAAACAGGCCAUGGGUUCGUGCUCAUGCCCUUUCAUUGGGUCAUUACUUUCUUUUUCCUCUUGCAUUCUGGGUAAUGGGUGUAAUGUCAGUGUGGCGCUGUAUCUGCCGAGGACAGAAGGAAGCGUUAACUUCCCUUCCCUGGCUUUUCUGAAUGAAGAGUCUGUUUGGGCGUUCAUGGAUACGGGUCUGCAAGUGUGGCUGUUUCUGAUCGGACGGUGGUCUUGCAGAUAAGUGAAGAGCGCACACUUAGGGUCCCUCACUUAGGGUCCUCUUAUGAAGCUUAUGUGUUUAAUGUCGACUUUAAGACUGAUUAAUGAGCUCGGAUCUGAUUGGAUCUGGAUCGUACCUCACUCAGAAAGCAGUCCAGCCUGAAACAGUCCUUAUAACUUCGGUCUGAGUGGGCGGGGCAAAGCUUCUAUAUGCUGAAUCGGGUUAACUCUCCGCCCCCCCUGCAGACCCUAUAGGUCACUCACACUGACUCUACAUUACUGUAUGAGCCUGAGGCCUAAACACUCUUCGCUCAGGAUCACCGGCUUCCUAUUCCAUUCUGAAGAUUUGUGUAGGAUAAGGCCAGAUGGAGGAGUCAUUUCUGGAUUAAGGGAAUUGUGUGUGCUGUAAAGUACUGAAGAGACCUCAGGCCUGCAGGAGGAAGGCAGAAGGAUGAAGAGACAUUCCAGAGCGAGUGAGAGAUGAGAGGAAAGCAGCAGCUAUGAAGAAAACAGCGGCCUUCACAUUCAGCUUUAUUACAGCGGCGUUCGUCCUGCUUACAGUUGGAGCCGAGGUGGACGUGUGCGCCUCCUGCCACGCUAACGCUACCUGUGAGGAUAAAACAGAUGGAUCUGGAGGGAAAGUGUGUAACUGCAUGUACGGCUUCGUGGGAAACGGGAGAACUCACUGCCAAGAUAAGGACGAGUGUCAGCUGGGCAGGAUCUGUGGUGACCACACGGUGUGCCACAACACAUACGGCAGCUACUACUGCACCUGCCUUCAGGGCUAUAGGCCCUCCAAUAACAUGGCUGUCUUCAUCCCCAAUGACGGCACCUACUGCCACGAUGUGGACGAGUGUGUGGUGCAAGGUGUGUGUGGAGAGGGCGGUGUGUGUGAGAACAGUGAGGGGGAUUUCUCCUGUACCUGCCAAACCGGAUACAGAGUUCAGAGCGGAUCGGAACCGUUCCAGCCUCACAGGGACUCCGCCCACUGCAAAAUGGUGGACUGUGGUCCUCCCCCCUCUGUUCCUCAUGCAGUCCAGCUCUCUCCGUCUCUGACUCGUUUCGGCAGUGUGGUGAGGUUUGGCUGUGCAGAUGGCUUCGUGUGGAGAGGAGGAGGAAACAGCUCCGUCUGCACCGCUGAUGGACACUGGAGCGGUCCCAGCAUGCACUGCGAAGAGGUGAACUGCGGUGAGCCGCCCUCUCCGCCCCACUCAGAGCGGCUGUGGGGGGGUCGCUCCAGCCUGGGCUCCACGGCGCUGUAUGUAUGUGUGGCUGGGUUUUAUAACGCCGGCACACAGAACGUCUCUGUAUGCUCUGCUCUCGGGAGCUGGAGCCACACCGACUUCCUGUGUAGAGAGAUACAGUGCGGCGCCCCUCCUCCCCUCCCCCACACGGUAGUAUUAUGGGAUGGCAGCAGUAAGGUGGGAUCGGUAGCUGUGUAUGAGUGUGAGGCUGGAUAUCGCAUGGUGGGUUCAGGGCACGAGUCGGAGUGUAACAUACACGGACAGUGGACUCGCACACACAUCACCUGUGAAGAGAUCCGGUGUGGGGAGCCCCCUGUAGUGCCCCACAGUGGCCAGUUGUGGAAUGGCAGUGUGCGGUUUAACAGCACUGUGAUGUAUUAUUGUAAUGAAGGAUAUUAUCCUGCAGUGGGAGAGAAUAAGUCUGUGUGCACUGAGAACGGUUCCUGGAGCAAAACAACUCUAACAUGCAGAGAGAUAAAGUGUGGUGUCCCCCCGUCUUUCCCUCAUGCUGUCAUGUUAUGGAACGGACUCAGUAAGGUCGGUACAGAAGUGCGCCAUAAGUGCAGCGACGGUUUUUAUAACGUUGGCAAGCAGGACGUGUCCGUCUGCUCCAGCAGAGGAACCUGGAGCCUCCCUCACUUUCUGUGUCGAGAGGUAGACUGCGGUGCCCCGCCCCCUCUCCCCCACACUGUGCUGUCCUGGAACGGCAGCUCCAGUCUGGGCUCUGUGGCUGUGUAUGAGUGUGAGGCUGGAUAUGGCAGUGUGAGUGCGGAGAGCCAGUCGGUGUGCGGCUCCCGCAGCCGGUGGAGUCCAGUUCACCUGCACUGUGAAGAGAUCCGCUGUGGUCCUCCCCCCUCGCCCCCCCUCACCCAGCUCAGCUGGGACGGGUCUUCUGUCCCCGGCAGCGUGGCGCUUUACUCCUGCCCUCGGGGUCUCCGGCUGGAGGGACACAAAAACUACUCCACCUGCACCACCGAGGGGAUGUGGGAGAUGGUGUUCAUCACAUGCAGAGCGUACUGCGGGCCGACUCCGCUGGUGCCCCACUCCGAGGUGCUGUGGGAGAACAGCACUGUGGUCGUCCAUCGCUGCGCUAAAGGAUACUACCACCGCACGGGAAGUGACAAAUCAGUGUGCGGCAUCACGGGAAAGUGGCAGGCGGCCACCCUGCGCUGCAGAGAGGUGAGGUUUGCAGUGAGGGGUUUGGUGGUGUAUAACGAGAAAUGUCUGCGCUGGAAAUCGGAGGCAGAGACAGAAGAAUACAGAGAGCAGUAUAGAGUAAUAUUUAAUGGAGAGAGGGACUUUGACCAUUUGUUCGCUGACCGACGGAAGAAACUGUACAUUUCUGCAGCCCUUCAGCCGGUUCUGUGUUUAAACCUUCAGCCGGCCACUAAUUACACCAUCACUGUUACUGCAGAGUCUACUGGAGACACAUCUACUGUUACAGCAAACACCAGCUUACCGGCUCCUCCCACACCUGUGGUCAGGUACAGUGAGGUGGACAUUCACUUACCCAUGCUCAGAUUGCGCAGAACCACCAGCACACUGGACCCCAUAUGCAUGUAUCAGGUGAUUGUGUUACCUGCGGAGGGGGUGUUGGUGUUUGACUGCGGCUCGUCUCUCGUGGCGCGGCGGAGCUGCAGUGGUGAAUACGUGGCGGCUGAGUUGAAGCUGAGGGGUCUGGGGAGGGACUUGAACUUCACUUUAGGAGACCGCCAGCUUUAUGGAGAUUGCUACAACGCUCCCCUGGAAACGGGGAGAGAUUACUACGUCAUACUGCGCACAGUCUGCCAGUGGAAGCAGGCUAGAAAGCAGUCCUGCGUUAUCUGGGCCAAAGCUACAGGAACAUCAUACGGCACCACUAUGUCUGCUCUGCUGACCUUCGGCACCAUCGGGGCUCUGGGCGUGAUGGGCACUAUGGGCUACUGCUGCAGCUGGUUCUGGAAGGUAGCCAGGCCCUGACGGAGUAUAGAAGUAGUUGAUAUUGUUGGCUUGUAAUAAAAUACACAGAUUUGUUAAAAAA